AAUGGUCAACAACGGCUAACACACGUUUGUUUGUUUGUUUGUUUAGUUUUCUCAUAGAGUAUUUAACCAGGGGUUGAAUUUGCAUUACAAAACACACACUCAGCUCCAUUUUUGGUUGCUGAAACAUACAAAUUUGUCGUCGUCACAGGGAGGAAGGAAAAAUCUAGCGAUCAAGCUACAUCAUAAGGGCUCAAGUAGUAUGUGGAUGAUUGGGUGUUGAGUCUGCAUAGGAUGCACUGUUGUCAGGGAGAAGUGCAAGUCACCUUCACGCGGUUGGCCCACAAGCCCAUAUCUAACGCAGACGAUCACAGAACUUCACCAACCACGGACGGCGGGUCCAGAAACAAGGUCCAUAAUGUCUGGCCACUAAAUCAACGUUCCAGCCGGGAAGAUAGAGCACAGACCGUUGUUUAUUGGCAUCGCUGGCGUGAAUGAGAAUUUGCCGAAUCGCUGAGUUGGAUGGUUUUAUCGCUCCGCUAAAUUAGAUUUAAUGCGCCUCUGAAUGCAUUAACCCCGUCACUGGCGGGUGCUGAACGGGUAAUCUCGGCGUGUCCUAUUCGGACCGGAGCGCCUGAGGUUUCCCUGAACGCUUUGCAGCGUUUGCAGCCAUGGCUCUGGUGACUCUGCAGCGCUCCCCUACACCCAGCGCCGCAUCCUCAGCCAGCACCAACGCGGGGGAGGAUUUAGGCAGUGAUGAUGAUCGAAAGGCAAACCUAAGCCUGAGUGAAAGUUUCUUCAUGGUAAAAGGGGCAGCUCUGUUUUUACAGCAAGGCAGCAGUGCACAAGGGCCCAGAACACCCACCCAUCAUAAAAAUGCAGGGGAUCUACCACAGCAUCUACAAGUAAUGAUAAACACCCUCCGUGCUGAGGAUAGAAUUAAACUAGUUGUUAGGUUAGAAAGCGGUUGGACAAACCAUGUGCGGUACAUGAUGGUUGUCUACACAAAUGGGCGUCAGGACACUGAAGAAAACAUACUGCUUGGGAUGGAUUUUACAGAUAAGGACAGUAAAAGUUGCUCUAUUGGGAUGACUCUUCCACUUUGGAGUGAUACCAACAUUCACUUGGAUGGAGAUGGAGGUUUCAGUGUGAGCACAGCAGGAAGACUAUAUGUUUUUAAGCCUGUGUCAGUACAGGCCAUGUGGUCUGCCAUCCAGGUGUUGCACAAAGCAUGUGAGGUAUCCCGCAGAUACAACCAUUUCCCAGGAGGGAUGGCCCUUACAUGGGUUGGCUAUUAUGAGAGCUGCAUAUCCUCAGAGCAGAGUUGUAUCAAUGAGUGGAAUGCUGUGACAGAUCUGGAGAACACACGGCCUGACUCACCAGUCAUGUUUUCUGAUCAGCCAACAGAGAGAGAGAGAACAGAGUGUUUAAUCAAAGCCAAACUCCGAAACAUAAUGAUGUUUCAGGACCUGGAAAAUAUUACUUCUAAGGAGAUCCGAAAUGAACUGGAACAACAUAUGAGCUGCAACCUGAGGGAGUAUAAAGAGUUUAUUGACAAUGAGAUGCUGCUUAUCCUGGGCCAGAUGGACAAGGCUACACUCAUAUUUGAUCAUCUGUACCUGGGCUCAGAAUGGAAUGCAUCCAACUUGGAGGAGCUUCAAGACUCUGGGGUUGGGUAUAUCCUCAAUGUCACAAAAGAGAUUGACAACUUUUUCCCAGGUACCUUUUGUUAUUGUAAUGUCCGAGUUUAUGAUGAUGAGACUACAGAUCUGCUGGCACACUGGAACGAAACCUACAACUUCAUAGUUAAAGCCAAGAAAAACAACUCUAAAUGCCUUGUACAUUGCAAGAUGGGAGUGAGUCGCUCAGCAUCCACCGUCAUUGCUUAUGCUAUGAAGGAGUAUGGAUGGUCGCUUGAGAAGGCGUACAGUUUUGUCAAACAGAAGAGGAAUAUAGCACAACCCAAUCCAGCUUUUAUGAAACAACUUGCUGAGUACGAGGGGAUUUUAGAUGCCAGCAAGCAGAGACACAACAAACUCUGGCAACCUGCUGGUGACGAGUAUUCUCUUGAGGGCCUCCAGGCUUCAGCUGCCAGUGGUGACCAGACUCCUCAAUUUUCGUCACUGCACCCCGAUCAAGAACAGACCGCUUGGGGCCAUGGUGGAGCAAGUGCUUCCCCCUGCUGCGGAGAAGAGCCGACAGACCAUCUCAAUUACAACUACUACUUCCGGCGACUAUCAGACACUGCUCUGGACAGUGAACCCUCCACGCCAGUUCGAGGUCCUCCACUUUUAGGCAUGGAACGAGUCUUUAUUGAGAUUGAGGAUGUAGAGAGGGAUGCGUUGUUGGACGAUGAAGGCUUCCCCAUGGCUCACCUGGCCCUUCCUGGGGAGGGCACAGCAGCCCAGACCUGUGGCCGACUGGAGCCUAUAGAGGACAUGCGCUUGAGGCUGGAGUUUAGCACGGUGGAGGAGGAGGAUGAGGAGGAAGCACAAAAGGAGGAGGCGGAGAUGGCCGCCUUAGCUCGUGGCGAGGAGACGCCGAGGGAAGACGAGAGCCUGGCUAACUCGAACCGCUUUAACAACGAGAACGCCAACAACAGCAACAGGCUGGCUGGGAAACGCAGCUGCCCUUCUGGCUUUGACGACAGUGCUAGCAUUGGAAACCCCUACAAAGUGAAGCCCUCAUAUCAGUCGUGCCGAGACUGCCUGCGCCUGCCCAGUGGCCGCCGCUGCGAACGUCGCACCCAUCGCCUUAACCUGCCACGUCACACUGGCCUGCCCAGUUUGUCCAUCCAGGCCCCCAGAGGACACACAUUCAGUCCCGUCUCCGCUAAUAAGGUGCCUCCUCCUGCCCCUCUGCAUCACAUGAGCAGCGGGCACUGCCAGUGCAUUCGUUGCUUCGGUCGAGCCAACUCGGACACUUACAACAAGCAACUGAGCUGCGAAGACCUUUCUCAGGAUUUGCGUCAUUCCUUGGAGACUGAGGACAAAAUGGAAGGGGAGGACGAGGGGAGCAAGGAAUGCUCCAGUAGUCCUACGACAGAGCUCACUCUCCUGAGGCUCAGUCUGGGUGGUGAGAGGCCUACGGCGGAGCUCAGUCAGGGGGCCCCACUGGAGACGCAGCUGGUGCGCCAUAGACUGGAGCAACUGUCCGGUCCUCAGUCGGAACAGAUGGACUUGAGCAUAGAGGACACUGCCACAGAGGACAUGGAAGUGGAUGACGGGAACGUCCCCAACUUGCACCCUGGUUCCAGUGAACUCCAGCAAACGCUCGCACUGGGCUCGGCCCUGACACGCAGCUCCAGCAGCGACAGUCUGCAGAGAAUUCGCAGAGGCCAGCCGAGCUUGGUACGCCAGCGAGCUCGAGAGAUCGAGACCCGUGUGCGGCUCACUGGAUUGACUAUGUCCUCCCAACUCAAAAGGUCUAAUUCGCUGGCCAAGCUAGGUGACUUGGCCAUCUCCACAGAGGACCUCAUGCUUUCCACUACAGUCUCCAUUGACUAUGACGACCAAGAGCCUGCUCUUUGCGUGCAAUCCUCUUCCUCCCCCAAGCUCUCUUUAACUCCAACUGUGUUGCAGAGUUUGAAAAGCUGACUCCAAGAUGUCAGAACUGCUUUCUCAGUGAAUGGGACCGAUCCAGUCCUACAGCCAUCGAGAGCAACCAUGGAGGCCGAUGCUGCAAGACACCUCAUGAGAACAAUCAGACCAGGCUUGGACAUCCUUCCAGCAGCCCUUUACAUAACUGCACUGCAUUCUUCAUGUGUCUGUCUGUGCUUUAACUAAGAUAUAUAUAUAUAUAUAUAUUAAAGCAUGCUCUGGCUUGGACCUUCAUUAAUGGCUUUGUUGAUACUGCUUUUAUUUGUCUUGCUAAAGGAAGCCCUACCUGUUAAGGUUUUAAUAUACAUGUGGCCCAUCUAUAGGUGGCAUAAUCAGAACUUUUUAAAUUAGCAAUGAUUUUCCUCAAAUAUUUUGUUCAAGUAUUUGUUUGAUCUCCAUAAUUUAAACUUUCUUUAACUUUAAAACCCCAUUUUUGUGCCCUUUGGUUGAUAUUCCAACAACAUGAAUGACAUUUUGCCUCCCAGUUUGUUCAUCAGCAAAUGUAUGUGCUACUGCAAAUGAACCAAUCGUGCAGUUGUGAUGAUUUGAUAGCAAAAAGUGACCAUUUGUCUGAUUUAGAUAAUCGUUACGAACCAUAAAGGUGCACAUGUGAAAAUUAUAAAGGUGUUAUGGAGUAACUAAUAAAACCACUUGUUAUGUCCUAAUGAUAAUAGAACUUUUCAUUCCAUAGAAAUUACUGGUUGGACCAAAUAAGGUGGUCGGCGAGUAUUUAUAAGUUAUUUAAAAACUGAAUCAGAUUUAGAUGUAGAUAUUGAUAUGUCCAUGAUAACAUUUGAUCUAUGGCUUUAUUAAAACAUAAAACUCACCCUAUACCAUAUGCUUUAUAACAAAAAUCCCUAACUAAUUGGCUAUUACAAUUUAACACUGUAGUCGUAAAUAUUUAAUUGGUGACAUUUUUGUUAACCUUCAAAAGCUGUAUAGUUCCACAAACGUUUGUGAGGAAAUUUUUAUUCCACCCUGAUUGACAUUACCUGAAUGACAUCAACAAAGCCACAUAAUUAUUGUCUAUUUCCAGAGAAAAAUGCAACAUGAAUGUGGUUGGCUAAUUGUCUUACAACUCUGAUUUGCUUCUCAGCUGGUGUUUAUCAGGUCAACUACAUCUGAAAUGUGCUACUAGAGUAGCUACUGUUAUGUAAUUUAGCUUAAGCUGUUUAUUGUACAAAUUGUAGCCUGUGAUGUGCAAAAGGCUUUAGCAGCAACACAUUAGUACAAUACAGUCUUCAAGUUGAUCAGAGGAUGUUUAAAUGUGUCACUCUCGUCCUUUAAAAGGUCCUUUUAAAGUGUCUCCUAAAUGAAAUUACAUCAUGGCAUCCGAUGAUGACAGUCAUGUACGUUGAGUAUUAACAGGCAUGAACAGUUAUGAUAUUGUGGAAAUAGGGACCUGCUUGAGCUUGUCAAUUUAAUACCAUGAUGGUGUAUAAUAUUUGUAGAAGAACACACAAAUUUUGAUU